CGCUGUAUUGCAUUCCAUCGUUAUUUUAAUGUGUCGCGAGAUCGAGUCGUGAGAGGAAGACAGGAAGGGCAAAGACGAACAAACCUGGAGAUGGAUUCCGCUCCCCAACGUCGUCUCCGAGCCAUCGCUGGCCAUCUCCUCGCCUCCAGCGACCGCGAUCCGAACGCUCGUCUCAUCGCCAAUCCAACCGCCGGCGAGUUCGCGCUCGCACAGGGCUACAGUGUUGUUCUUCCUGAGAAGUUGCAAACUGGGAAAUGGAAUGUGUACAGAUCUGCACAAUCACCACUGAAGCUAGUCUCUAGAUAUCCACAGCAUCCUGAUAUUGGAACACUGCAUGACAAUUUUGAACAUGCUGUCGAGACUUUUCGAGAUUACAGAUACUUGGGAACAAGGAUUCGUGUGGAUGGAACGGUUGGAGAGUACAAAUGGAUGACCUAUGGUGAAGCUGGUACCUCCAGGUCAGCAAUAGGAUCUGGCCUUGUAUAUCACGGAAUACGCACAGCUGCAUGUGUUGGACUCUAUUUUAUAAAUAGACCAGAGUGGAUCAUUGUGGACCAUGCCUGCUCAGCAUACUCCUACAUAUCUGUGCCUCUAUAUGACACUUUAGGACCAGAUGCUGUACAGUAUAUAGUAAAUCAUGCAUCCAUUGAGGUCAUUUUUUGUGUACCCCAAACACUGAGCAUUCUACUAAGCUUCUUAUCUCAGAUUCCAUCUGUUCGUUUGAUAGUGGUUGUUGGUGGUAUAGAUGAAAAGAUGCCAUCCGUUGCUUCAAGAACUGGAGUGGAGAUUGUUACUUACUCAAAACUACUUAGUGAAGGGCAUAGUAACCUGCAGCCAUUUUGCCCACCAAAACCUGAAGAUGUUGCAACUAUUUGCUAUACCAGCGGUACUACCGGCACACCCAAGGGAGCUGUACUUACUCAUAAAAGCUUAAUUGCAAAUUCUGUUGGAACUAGCAUAAAUAUCAAGUUCUACCCUUCAGAUGUUUAUAUAUCAUAUCUACCUUUGGCCCACAUCUAUGAGCGUGUUAACCAAAUUUCCUUGGUGUAUUUUGGUGUUGCUGUUGGUUUCUACCAGGGGGAUAAUUUAAAGCUAAUGGAUGAUAUGGCAACUCUAAGGCCCACCUUAUUUUCUAGUGUUCCUCGAUUAUACAACAGAAUAUAUGCUGGUGUUAUGAAUGCUGUGAAGACAACUGGUGGCCUGAGGGAGAGGUUAUUCAAUGCUGCCUACAAUGCCAAGAUGCAAGCAAUAGCAAAUGGAAAGAAUCCAUCACCAAUGUGGGAUAGACUAGUAUUCAACAAAAUAAGAGAAAAGCUUGGAGGUCGUGUACGAAUGAUGACUUCAGGUGCCUCUCCAUUGUCAGCAGAUGUAAUGGAUUUUUUAAGAAUAUGCUUUGGCGGUCAAGUUUUUGAAGGUUAUGGGAUGACGGAGACAGCUUGUGUCAUAAGUUGUAUGGAUGAGGGUGAUAAUUUAACUGGUCAUGUUGGCUCUCCGAAUCCUGCUUGUGAGAUCAAGCUUGUUGAUGUUCCUGAAAUGAACUACACGUCGGAUGACCAGCCUUAUCCACGUGGAGAAAUUUGCGUAAGAGGUCCAAUAGUGUUUCAAGGCUAUUACAAGGAUGAAGUGCAGACGAGGGAGGUAAUGGACGAGGAUGGGUGGCUUCAUACCGGAGACAUAGGAUUGUGGUUUCCUGGAGGGCGUUUAAAAAUCAUAGACAGGAAAAAGAACAUUUUUAAGCUGGCCCAAGGCGAGUACAUAGCUCCUGAAAAGAUAGAGAACGUAUAUGCCAAGUGCAAGUUUGUUUCCCAGUGCUUUGUUUAUGGCGAUAGCUUAAACUCCUGUCUAGUUGCAAUAGUUUCAGUUGAUCAAGACAUAUUGAAGGCUUGGGCUACAUCUGAAGGAAUAAAGUAUGAAGAUUUAGGACAUCUUUGUGCUGAUCGACGGGCAAGGGCUGCAGUCCUUGAAGAUAUGGAUGCUCUAGGAAAGCAGGCUCAGCUGCGGGGUUUUGAAUUUGUGAAAGCUGUCACCUUAGUUCUGGAACCAUUUUCAUUAGAAAAUGGUCUACUCACCCCAACAUUCAAGAUCAAGAGACCUCAAGCCAAGGCAUAUUUUGCAAAGGCAAUAGCUGACAUGUACGCUGAGGUAUCAAAAGCUGAUCUAUCCGAGAGACCAUUGUGAUCUGCAUCAGAAUUAGACACACAUUAAUGAGAGCUGAUAUAAUUCCUCGACAUAUGUUGAAGAAAUAAAGCUACCCCUUUGAUUAGUGGGGUGUGGGACUGGCGACUCUUCCUGUUAUAGAUGAUUGUACUAUUGAUUGGUGGUUUCAACUUUAGACUUUCUUUUCGUUACUCUUAUCAAUAAAAGUGAGGAAAGUAAUUAUUUAUGAUUAA